AAACCCGUGACGCACUCCCCACGCCACGCCAUCACAAUGGUCCGCCAUUUCGAGCCUGUCCCUAUCUGGGACGGGAAAGGACAGCAAGAAGGAGACUCUUGUUGAUGGCGCCUGCCUGCUCCGAAAUGCCGAUUCUCUUCAUGACCGAAAUGUUUUGCGGCGCCAAUCCCUAAAUCGGCGGGCGACGUGUUUUUUUUUACCUGUUUCCCGUUGCGGCUGGAAGUCAGGACUAACGCUACAGCGAUAACCAAUUCCUAGCGGCCAUCUGGCAGUGCGUGUUUGGCGGGAAAACAUAGCUGGUUCUGUCGGUUGGGGUUGGGAACGCGUUUGAUUCUCUGAGCGCGAACUCCGCGAGGGGGGACGGAGAGGCGAAAGGCGGAGAGGCGAAAGGCGGGACUGGGCGCGGGGAAGGCGAAGGGUGGGGGGCAGGAACGUCAAGGAGCGGAGACUGAGCGGUUCGCAGGGGGGGAGAGGGUGAGGGGAGAGAGAUGGAAGGUGAGAUAGCCAGAGUAUCUGCUGGCGGGAUUGCGCCAGGAACACAUGCACCACGUGCUGCUGCUGCUGCUGCGGCGGCAAUCGCAGCACCAGCGUCAACACUACCGGAAGCAGCAGCACGGCCAGCAGGGCAACCGCCAGCAGCCACAGCGGGAAACGCGGAGCUGCUCCUAUUGGAGAACGCGUCGCUGCUGUCGCUCAUCGAGCGCCAGCAGCAGUCGAUCGCGGCGCUGCGGCAGGCAGCGGCCAAGGCGGAGCGCGAGAAGCGGUCUCUGUGCGACCAGGUGGGGAUUCUAAGAGACGCUCUGGACGCGUCGAGUGAGCACGUGGAGCGGCUCGAGGAGCGCGUGGCGACCAUGCGCGGCGAGGGGGAGGGUGAGGGGGAAGAGCCGGGGGAGGGGGGAGAGCCGGGGCAGGGUGAAGUGCAAUUGGUGGGAGAGGGUGGCGGAGUUGAGGGACGGGAGGGGGGUGAGGGGAAAGGGGGUAUCGGGGAAGAAGACGAGGAGGGGGAGGUGGGGGAGGAGAAGGGGGAGGGGGCGGGGGAGGGGGAGGUGGAGGAAGAGGAGGGAGUGAGCACAAGCAGCCAGUUUUGGGGAGGUGAUGGGGGAGGGAUGGGUUUGGGGCGAGUGCAGGUGGGCCCUUUUCACCUGGGUAACCUGGGCAGCCCGCCAUGCAAGGAGGUGGUGAAGGAGCAAUGCAGCGCUCUCACGCUCCCCUCUCGCCCUCCCCUCAAGCGCCCUUCCCUUAAUAAACGCCCGUCCUUCUCCCAUCCCUUUCCGUCUGUAGACACUCUCGCGCAUACCCGGACCAAUAACUGCUUCAAUGCAUCGCUACCGCCGAUCCAUUAUGUUCCUCCUGCCCCACAUCCCCCUUCUGCUGCCGCUGCUGCUACUGCGGCGGCUGCUGCGGCUGAAGCGACCACUACAGCCCUCUCGACCGUCACUGCUGCUGCCGUUGCCGCUGCAGCUGCUGCUGCCGCCACUGCUUCCACCUUCACGGAUUCUGCUCUGCCUCCUCCUCCUGCGAUGCCUCUGCCACCUUCUGCUGCGGCUGCUGAUGCUUCCGGUUCGGGUGAAGCUAUGCUUCCUGCCGAAGCACCGGGUACUGCCGAUGGGAGCCUUGGUGAUGAUGAUGAUGAUGAUGAGGAUGAUUUGCUGUCAGAGACCAUUUGGGCGGACCUAUACUCCCAUGGCCCUCAAUCUGCUUCCUUGAACGCCCGUCUCACCGCUAAUACCACCAGCAGCGUCUGCAGCAGCAGCAACACCAUACCAACCAAUUCGCCAACCCCUGGCUUUGAAACUCACAACACCAGCAGCAACACAUUCCCCGUGCCCUCUUCUGUAAUGCAGCAGCAGCAGCAGCAGCAGCACCACCACCACCACCACCUCUACCACAACCGCCUUCAGCAGCAGCCAUCCUUUGACUCUGCAGCCCCUGCUGCUACCUCUGUCUUCACCUUCCAGUCUCUUAGCGGCGCCCUCACUGGUCUCAGCAGUAGCCACGUGGGCCAGCGUGGCCAGGCAGCUGGCAGCAGUGGCAGUGGGAACGCGAGGAAAAUCAUGCACAGGCGAAGCAGCAGCAGCAGCAGCAACGGCAGCACGAGCAGCAGCAGGAGCAGGAGCAGAAACAACAGCAGAAGCAACAGCUGCAGCAGCAGCAGCAGCAGUGGGCGUAGCAGCGGCAGUGGCAGCGGUUUCGUGUCGCGAAACAACCCUGUGUCAUGCACUUGUUGCCACAGCGGCGCUCCUGGUCAUACUUGUGGUAGUGGUAACCCGUCUGUAACAGCAUUUCCUGUUUCAUCCUCCUCAUCUCUGCACGUCAUGUCUCUGCAGAAUCCCACCCCAUUCACGCCACAACACCAUGCAGGACCCAGUUCUCCUCCUCCCUGUUCCCACCGUUCACCAAGCCCUCUCCCUUCUUUAUCAUCCCACUGUCACUCUACCACUUCCCAGCAUCAGCCCUACAGUCACACCACUUACAAUCACGCCUCCCACGAUCACAUCUCCAUUCAGAACCCUUUCAACCGAUACCCUUCAGCGACCCCUCUCCCAGUCACAACCUCCACUGCCACCCAUGCCGCCUCCGCCGCCCGUGCUUCUAUCGAGUGUAGCGGCAAUGACAGCAGCGAGGAGAUAGCAGCAGUAGCAGCAGCCGUGCUGAAGAGCAUGCAGAGGGCACUAGGCACCGCGCAUCCCAGGCCGGCUCGCACCGCUGCCUCUGCCUCCGGGACCGUCCCCCCUGUCUCUGCUCUCACAGCUCGCCUGCAGCAAUCACCUGCUCUCACAAGAAAUGAUCCUGCACUCACUCAGGGAUCAUCAUCUGGGCACAUAGGGGGGUGCUCUGGUGGUGUGUUGUGCAGUGAUGUGACUGAUGUGCAUCGGGAAAGGGCAGCUGCACAAGGGCUUUCACAGCGUCCUUUCCGCGCCGAUCCUUCCCAUGGCAACCCAGGGCAAGCUGGCUGGAACAAUCGUGGCAUGUGUGCAGCUACAGGACCAUCGACCAUUCCACCAUCGUCACUACCAUCAUCAACAGGACACCGUGCGUCAUCCGCCCUCCCUAUCCCUCGCAACCAUGCGCCUGCCACGCGUGACACCACUUGGUCUCAACCUGCUCACCCACAGAGUGCCAGCACUGGUUACAGCAGCAGCAGCCACUUGGCUGGAUUCAGCAGCGCCAAGCCAAGCAAGCUGUUCUCCCCUCCCACCUGGUCAGGCCCAUUCGCCAGUAGCUACUCUGGAUCCGGGAGCUGGCUUGGCCCCAGCGGUCACGAUGCAGUUGAGGCUCGUUUUGGCUCAGUGAGCCGUUUGGAAAGUCAUGGCGGAUUUGACCGCUUGUUCGGAUCGGCUGCUGCUGCUGCUGCUGCUUCUCUUCCUUCUUCUGCUGCUGCAGCUGCCCAUCCUGCGGCCUUUUUUGGGACGCACGCUGCAAAGCGUGGGUUUGGCAAUGCUGGCCAUGCAACUCACCCCACUGCAAUUUCGGCAGACGCAGGGCGCGAUUCUGGCUAUUCUGCUGCUGCUGCUGCUGCUGCUGCUGGUACUCAUCACAGUUGGCAGUUGGAAGGAGGGGAAGGGCGUGUUGCACUUGGUGGCAUGGCGCUGGAUGGCUUGUGCAGUGGGGAGUUUCUUGUUGGGAAGGAAUUGCAUAGUGACCAGGAGUUACGGAGUGCAGCAAGAGGGCGGCGUGGAGUGGGAGCUGGUGCAGGGUAUGCGCAUGGUGUGGCCAGACGGGGUGGGUGUUAUGAUGAAGGGAAGAGAAAGGGAGAGAAGGAUUUCGUCUGGGAGUAGGCAACGUGGUGAUGGGGAUUGCAUGGUGUGUUGACUCGGCACGUGCGACGGUACUUGGUUGAGUGCCUGUCAGUGGGUGACAAUGUGCUCGAGCGUAUGAAUGGGCUCAUAGGUGAGCAGACUGCUGUCUGUGUGGAAUAGCGUGAGGGAGAAACAAGGGCGCUUGACAGAGGGAGGAACGUGGAAAGCCUAGGAAUGUGAAGGGAAGGAAGUAUCUAGGAUUUUGGAUGUGUGCGUGUUGAACAAAUGUGCAAUUUUGUU